GGCAUAUCUCACUAAAGUAUAUUUGUCAUGCACUUCAUAAGCAUAGCCUUCUGAGUGGAGGGAAAUUGUGAUAUAAUUCUCUUUCAAAAUGGAGAGGUCCACGUCACGUGGAGGUUGGGUGUGGCUGGCGAUCUAUUGAAUUGCAAUCUAUCGUUUUGUUUUGGAUUUUAUAGUCUUUGUUACUUUCUAGCUUUCACCUUUCACCCUACACUUUUUGGCUUGAAAAUCGACUUUUGACUUGUUAUUAUUCACUAUUAGCCCGGCAGAAACUGCACUUGUUUCUAUCUACUGCCUAUUUUAUUUUGAAUCAAAAGUGUGUUCCCAACGCCUUCUCUUCUUACCAACCCCCGUGAUCCCUUCCCCUUCCGUCGACAUCAACCCCCCCCCCCCCCCCCCCCGCACCGCCCAUUCCUUCCCUCCCUUCUGCUCCAUUAAUAAAAACCCUUCCUUCUGUCCGUCGACAUCCACCUCAAAAAGAAAACCAGAAAAAGCUACAAUCUUUCUUCUUUCUCUCCCAUUCCACCAUCAUCAUACCUUCCUGAAGCAACCUCCGUUUUAUAACCCAACUGAUACACUCCUUUUCUGUACGCUCUCAGUCUCUGCUCAGAUUGCAUCCUGCAAGAUCAUGCAGCCAUGUGGCUGCUGCCGCGGCAUCCUGACCACCAACCUCCUGCUCCUGCUACACCACCACCUCCUCAACAAUGCUGAUGCAGCGGCAAGCAAAGGGCGAGCUCUCCUCGAGUUCAAAUCCGGAAUCUCCGUAGACACCACGGGAAUCCUUUCCACCUGGCUACCCACCACCAACCACUACACCGAUUGGGAAGGCGACCCGGCCGGGUCACGUCCUUACUCCUCCAGCCUGUCGUUGCUGGAGAAUCUGGUCAUCACCGGGACGAACCACAUCGCGGGGAACAUUCCUGGCACCAUCUCCAACCUGACCAGGCUCAAUCAGCUGAUCAUCGAGGAUUCUUCCAUCGCAGGCCCCAUCCCGCCGAGCUUAGGCAGCCUCCGUCGUCUCGCCUCCGUCUCCCUAGCUGGAAACCGCCUCGACGACUCUAUUAUAUUCCACCUUCAUUGUGGAUUCUCCCUAGCCUCCAGCUUCUCAGCUUAUCUCGAAAUUCCCUCUCGGGAACCAUCUCCACUGCUAGAUCAUCCGGUCCUUCACCGCUGCAGUCUAUCAAUCUCGGCCAAAAUUCGCUUUCCGGAAGAAUCCCUACCGCCUUCCCAAACAUCACCUUUCUCGACCUCUCGUAUAAUCGUUUCUCAGGCUGGCUCCCGCCGUCUCUGUUCACCUUACAGAGUCUCUGAGACGUCUCGCUAGACCGUAACCAGCUCUCCGGGGAGCUCCCUGACGAGUUCACCGGACUUAAAUCUCUCACUCGUCUCUCCAUGAGCUCCAACCGGCUUUCCGGAGUGCUGAUGUGACUUGAAUCGGACUAUCAGCCGCUAAGACUGGUAAUCGGGGAUCUCACUGGCCGUUUCCUUUGCCAGAUUGGAUUAUGUUUAUGG